UCUUUUUUUAUCAUUUAAAAACUGUUUAAAACAAUAAAAUUUAUUCAGCAAACAUUCCCGCGAGGCUAUAAAUAUGUAAUUGGAAUACGGAAAAAAGAUAUUUAAUAGGCACAUUUUUCCUCUUAUUUAUAAAUAAGCUUAGUAGGCCUACAAUUUCAUCAUGUCUCGAGCUGUCAACUAUCAGAAUUUUUCGCAUUGGUGAGGAAGAAGCUUAAAUUAAUCGAGAUUUGGAACCAUUACUCAAAAUUUAUUUCUUCCGAAAACGAUUAAAUUCAAAAACAUUACCAUUGUUCCACUGACCGGGCUGAAUCGUAUCCUGCUUCACGGGUUCUCUGUCACGUUGAUUCCGGUGGAUCUUUUACUGCGUCUGCUGAUUCUGGUAAUCGCCUGGCUGGUCCGCAAAAUGAACGACUAUCUACAGAACAUUCUGCAAAGUGACUUAUGCGACCUGAAAAGGGAGUUUCCCUUGUUUGAAUCAAACGGAUCGAUUCGGUUGCGAAACCACCACGAUUCCACAAAUGCUCUCAGCCUUGCGUUAGCAAGGAAUUGUGAAUCGGCUCAAGAUUUGAAAAUCAUCCAACUGGAACCAAUUUCAAUAAAGUCCGAGAAAAAGAAUCCUCAAGUUGUAAACGUGAAACAGACCUUUCGUUUCCCGAAUAAUUUUAUCACAAAAAAGAAUUCCUACCACUCGUAUGGGCAAACAAAACGCCCAACGAAUCCCCGAAAUAUGCACAGCCAAACGAGCAAAACGAUCGUUGAGCUGUACGAAGCUGAGAGGAGCCAUUCGGAUAUUGGUGCGAUAGUUUCUGCCAAGUCGAGCCUGGCCUGCAGUGAUAGUGAUGAAUCACUGAGAACUCACCAGAAACGUUCGAUCGGGGGGAGUGGAGCAAAACCCGUCGACAUGAUCAUGAUCAAACCGAAAGUUCAUCUGCAGGGAGGGAACAAAAAGAAACGUCCAUCGUCGAAGGGAAAGUAUUUGCGAACAAUUCGCUCACGGGAGCAGAACAGAACGUUUUUAAAAUCUCCGAAGCAUCGAAGCAAAUAUUCUUUGCCGAGGGUCGAAAGUAUCGCAACGGAAACGGACACUGUCGAAGAUGAGUUCAGCAGCAAAACGUUCACCUUCGACGCUUCGGACAGCGGAAUACCGUCUAAUGAAUCGCUAGAUGAUCAAUGUUCUGUUGUGGGCACUGCAAAAAUGCAGAAAAUAAUUGACAAAUUACAGGACAACCUUUGGGAGGUCAGCCUGAACGGUAUCCGAGAAUUGAUGGAAGCUGCCAGGCAGGUGGACUGGAAGCAGCAUGAAAAACACAUAACAAUUAUAAACCGAAAAAUGAUCGACUUCCUCAAGAGCCCACGGUCUUCGUUGUGCCGGUCAGCUUGCCAGGCCACCGGAGAACUGUUUCGGGAAGUCAAAUCCACAAAACGUCCCGAGUUCGAUGAGAUCGUCGAUAUUUUGCUUUGUAAAACUGCGGAUCCCAACAGAUUCAUUCAAAAGGACGCCAACAUCGCGCUCGACAAGCUGGUUACGUACAUUCCGAUUUCCCACUGCGUGAGAGCUCUCUCAGCCCGGGGUCAUACGCACAAAAAUCCCAUGGUACGAAUAGCGACAGCCAGAUUGCUGGUCUGCAUCUGUGCGCUUUCCGGAUUGGAUUGCAUUCUGGGUACCAAUGCUAAUCCUCGAACACGGCAAGCGAUUCUCAAGAUGCUAGCCAAAUUUCUUACCGAUAAGAAUUUGGAUGCUAGGAAAUUUGGCGAGCGUCUGUACCGAAUGCUUCGAAAGCACAAGUUUUUCAACGAAUAUUUCUACAAAGAUAUGGACAACAACUGUAGGAGUAAUUUGAAACGAAUACUAAAAGGGCUGUAGGCAUGAAGUUCUGAGAUAAUAACGUGUAUAUUAUGUAUUAAAUUAUUGGUAUACAUUUCUAGCUUUUUUUUAAUACAGGGAAAAUGUUCGGAAAAAUAACUUAA